AUGUCUCACUGGACCGAUGAUAGCCUGCCGGUGCAGUGCAGCUCUCCUGUAGCCGACAUAGACUCGUCUGGAGGCGAGCACACGGAUAUGGACAGCGAUAGCGACGACAAUGACUGGCCCGAUACCGUCUGGGCUGAUGAGCCCACGACGGAAUCGACCAUCCGUAAUGCUGAGGUCCCGGAGCGAAAGCUCACCGCAUUUUAUCCAUCCCCUCCGCACGGCCUGAAGCCACAGGAAACGCGGCUGCUUCGCCUCUUGCCUGGCGAAUUCGAUAGCCCUAUACGAUGUAGCCUGUCUAUACAGUCUUUGGCGGAUGGACCGACCUACGAAGCUUUGUCGUAUACCUGGGGUAAUACUACAAAAGACAAUGCGAUAUUGGUGAACGAAUACUAUAUGCAGGUCACUGACAACCUUCUUGCGGCCCUAAGAUAUAUCCGACGUCGAGAUCAAGUGCGCAUACUCUGGGUUGAUGCUAUCUGCAUGAACCAACAUUCUAUAGCAGAGCGUAAUCACCAAGUGGCGUUUAUGAAUGAGAUAUACAGGACCGCAGCCCGGGUACUAAUCUGGCUUGGAGAGGGUAUGGAUGUUACAGACGAGCAGCCAUCGUUAUAUUCUGUGCUCAGCGACCCCGCGACUUGGGCCAAGCAGCAUCAUAUCAACAGAUCAUUCCAAUCUGCUACGAGGAAUACGAUUCCAUCGUGGUGGAAACGGGCCUGGACAGUACAAGAAUACGUGGUCGCUAGCUCGACCCCAGUCAUUUGCUUUCGUGCUUAUGCCGUGAGUCUUGAAGAUGCGGAGAAGAUUACACGACUCAGGCAACACGAUACCUCCGGGUUCUUCUCACGAAUAGACGAAUUGGCACAUCUCGCGAAGAUGCACAAGGAUCGAGGAGUGGAUCUCCUCGAAGCUGUGAGACUGACAGCAGACUGUCAAGCGCUUGACAUGAGGGACAAGGUGUACAGCGUGUUGGGACUAUUGAAGCCCAGCCAGGUGGGACUCCUCAAGCCAGACUAUUCAAUGCCGACUGGAGAGGUUUAUGCUCUGGCCACAAAAAUAUGCUUACAGUCGGCGGAUAGCUUCGCCUUGUUUCCCGUGCCAAGGUUAUACCAGGGCAUGAGUCAUAUAGAGGCGAUAUCAUCCGAUAAUCCGUCGUCCGUAAUGGUACCAAGCUGGGCCAUGAACUUUGCGGACGACGCCGCAAGAUUACGUCGUAGUCUGAGCGAGCUUGAGCAGGCCACCUCAUUCGCAAAGCAGGAUCUGCCUCCUCCUCACGACAACUUCGAGGGUAUGCGAAAGCAAGAUGGUCUCUCCACGCCUUCUCUUGUGCUGCACCGCUACAUAUAUCAAGUUGGCAAGGUCAGUAACAUGAUUCCAGCUGGUGGUGCUGCUAGCCGCUACGCCCCACUGGUUGGAAUGCUGGCCCAAAAAAUGGCAGAACUCUUUCGGAGAAAUAUUGAAGGCACGUCUGCCAUGACUGAGCUUCACGAUGAUUUGGCUCUUCGGCAUUCGGUGACCUAUCAAGGAGAGUGGAGACAGGCCAUUGGCAUGAUGAGAGAAAGCUUCCGACAGGCUAACUACCCGUACGAUCAGGUCGGUGUUGGUAGUGCGCUCGUUCGGGCGCUCGAAUGGACCACCGGGGGAAAGGCUUCAUUGCUCGAUGGCCUCGAACAAUAUAUCGAAAGUGCCCAGACCUUGGGAGUCUCUGGCGCCAUCCUCCUUGGCUAUGCCAUGCGGAGGAGAAUUUUUGAGCACUGCUUCCGGGGAUGGCAAGAUCAAGAGUGCAUCCAGUGGCUGCGCCUCCGUGACAUGGGUGCACCGAAAUUGGAGGGUAAUGGUGCAUUGUUCUGUACGAAUCAGUCGCAUUUCGGAGUUGCCGAGGCCGUAGUUGAGAAAGGUGAUGUUAUCGCGUUAUCGAUACCGGAUAUGAAGACCAUACUACUCAAACCUCAUCGGGGAUUCUUCUACCGGACAGUGCGAUAUCAAUACAAAGGCUUCGUCUAA